AUGAUUGAGACCCUUAUCACCAUUGUGUUCUGCCUGUCUAGCACCCUCACUGUGUUGAUACUAUUGCUCCCUUCGCAAUACCAGCCAGAACAGGGAUCUGCUCCAAGAUCCAAUGACACAAAAAAGCGCAAGGCAUGUGUUCAAAUCCUUGUUCUCGGCGAUAUUGGCCGAAGCCCGCGCAUGCAGUAUCAUGCAUUGAGCAUUGCAAAACACGGCGGGGAGGUGGUGAUCAUCGGGUAUAAUGAAUCUGAUCCUCAUCCCGAUAUCAUAUCUAACCCCAACAUCUCGAUUGUUCCGCUCCGCCCGCAUCCCGCCCUCCUACAGACUAGUAACAAGCUCCUAUUUACAAUUUACGGGCCCUUGAAGGUGCUAUUCCAGAUUGCUUGUCUUUGGAAGUGUCUCGCAUAUACCACAAAACCUUCCCAAUGGCUUUUGGUUCAGAACCCGCCUUCCAUUCCUACAUUGGCUAUAGCAUCCACUGUCUGUUUCUUGCGGCAAACAAAGCUUAUUGUUGAUUGGCAUAACUUUGGAUAUUCCAUACUCGCGUUGAAACUUGGCCAAAGCCAUCCAUUGGUGAAAACGUCGACCUGGUAUGAGAAGGUAUUCUGCCAAUCUGCUACGGCUCAUUUGUGCGUUACAAACGCUAUGAAAUCCGUUCUCAAGAAGGAUUUCAAUCUUCAAGCUCCUGUUCUGCCACUGCACGACCGCCCUGCCAGUCACUUCAAUCCUAUCCUCGAUCCUAAUGCACGGACGGAGUUCCUCAUGACUUUACCAGAAACUAAAGAAUUCCAUUCUUCCUCGAAAACAGGGUCUCUCCGGGUUCUGGUCAGCUCAACCUCAUGGACUGCGGAUGAGGAUUUCUCAGUCCUCAUCGAUGCCCUUCUUCGGUACUCUGAACUGGCCACCACAACACAGCCUCACCUCCCCGAGGUUUUGGCCAUAAUAACAGGGAAAGGCCCCCAAAAAAAAAUGUACUUGGAGCAGAUUGCCGCUCUUGAAAAGACAAACAAGCUACAGAAGGUCACAAUUCGAACUGCGUGGCUGAGUGUACCAGAAUAUGCCCAACUAUUGGCAUCCGCAUCUCUAGGAGUCAGUCUACAUACUAGCAGCAGUGGGGUAGAUCUCCCCAUGAAAGUUGUAGAUAUGUUCGGGGCCGGUCUUCCUGUUGUGGGAUGGGAUCGUUUCGAAGCAUGGCCCGAGUUAGUCACCGAGGGCGUCAAUGGGUUGGGAUUUGGGAGUUCGGAGGAGUUGGCUAAGCACUUGGUCGAUCUAUUUGGUGAGAACGACAAAUUGGAGAGUCUUCGCCUAGGCGCCCAAAAAGAAAGUUCUCGGAGAUGGGACGACGAAUGGAAUCCUAUUGUGGGAAGCCUUCUCGGGUUGACAUAG